GAAACAGAGACGUGGAGACCAAGUUCUAGAAAACAGAAUGCAGAUGCGCCAACAAAUGCACUUCUUCACAGCAACUGUUUUUGAAAGGCGUGUCCCUGCACAACGUGGAUGCUGCUCAAAGAGUCUAUGAAAUUAUUUUUUAAGAAUUGUCUUUAAAUGCUAACCACCCCAUUAUAUUUCUUUCUGUUUGUGUAAAAAUGGAUUUUUUUUUUUACUUAAGAAAAAAUUUAACAUAGACGAGAGUUUGUGUGCAUGUGUAUCUGUCUGCUUUGUCCAUGCCUGAGUGACUCCAGAGGCCAGAAGAGGGUGUCAGGUCCCCUGGAACUAAAGUUAACAGUUUUGUUUGCUAGGAACCAAAUGCUGGUCCUCUAUGUGAGGAGGGGUAAGUGCUGAGCCACUCUCUGGCUCCCAUUAUUUCUAGUAUUUGCAAAGGGUGGACUUACCCUGAGGGGCUGGUGUUUGGCAGUAACCGGGAGAGGCCUUGAGUAUUGGACAUGGUCUAAGCUGGUUUGCAGCCUGCACUGAUAUUUGUCGGUAGCGAGGCACAUUGAUUAUCUGAAGCAUUGGAUCAUUCAUUCAUUCAUUCAUUCAUUCAUUCUUUCAUUCCCAAAGCCAAUCAUUUGGUCAGCCACAGUUGUGAAAGCUUCCAGAGAACCUGGGGUGAGUGCAUGGAGGUGCUGGGGUGAAGGCAGCAUCUCUCUCCCAAUUUCUGUUCUCACCUAGCGAUCACUAUUUAAAACUAUGAAGGUCAUAGUCUAGGCAUACCGUAGGAUUAAGUAAUGAUGGUAGUUAUCUAUUGCUACAGAGAUGUGACGAAAUAGAUGUCCAUCCCAGGAAGGGAACCGCUGGCAGCCAAAGUAACGAAUCCAUGAAAGUCCAGAUAGCUCCCCUGAGCUCAGUGGGAAAUGGAGGAUUGUUUCCCAGCAGGGCUUCCUCUUGUCUACCUUAUCUGUGGAGACCAACCUCCACAGUCUACCUGAGAAAAAAAUUAUGAAAUCCUUGAUGGAAAUCACAGGUUCAACUUCCUGGAACACCUCUCCAUGCAAAUGAAGUGUCCCCAGAACCUUCAAUGUCAUCCAAGGAGACUUCACCCUAAGAAGAACCCCUUUUCCACUCUCCAAGGUUUAUAUAGUCCUUGUUCACCCCAAUAAAAUGUAUGUGCACAAGCUGUUUCGUUGAAUACUUAGAGAACUGUUUCAUUGAUUGUCCCCUGAAAGAGCUAUAACAUUGAAUAGCUUAACACUGAGAUCUUCGGAGAAGACCUCCUCACUCCAGCAUUCACUGCAGAUCCAGGAUCCUGUUGACCUACCUGUUCGUCUUCUCCCACAAAGUGUGCUUCAGUAUCCAGACACCCUGAGGGGAGACUGGGACACCCUGGGGGAAGAUUCGGACCCCGGACCUCUGCUCUGUCCUUCCCUGCUUGGUAUGCAGGGACACCUGGGAAUAGCAAGAGAAGAAGCCAAAAAUGGAGCCACACUUCCUCACUCCCAUCCUCUGUGAGCAAGGCUCGAAUUAUCAGUGGAAAUACUGGCUCUUUGGAAAGUGCAAAUGACAUUUUUCCAGCCCCCUUCCUGAAUCGGGAUUACGGGGGGGGGGGGGGACUGUCACAGACACGGACAUUAAAGAGCCUGGUGCUCUGAUUUGAGGACUAGAGUCUGAGGUCAGUGCCCUCCAUGUACCUUCAGAGAAUUCCACCUUCCUAUCAGUAAGAACCCACCUCUUCUCGUGCAGCUUCCGUGUGAAACACCAGCUUGGACCCUGGGUCUUGUCCUCUUAGCAAGCUUUACACACGCUUCUGUGCCAGCCCGAGUCACAUCAGGGUCACAAGCCCGGCUACCUCUAACAGUUAGUUGAUGGGAGCGUUAAGGGCCGCUGCUCGUGCCCCUUCCCUGUGAGAACACAGAGCCCGAGGGCUGGCCACCAAGAAGGAACCGUGAAAGGCACAGGGCUCAGAAAAGGAGUGUGUCCUUUGGCCUUUAGAGGGGUUAAGACUGCACUAUGCUUACAUGUGUCCUGGGCAGGACUUAGCAGAACUUGGUCACCAGGCCAUCUCCCAGCACACAAAUAGCCAUUCCAAGCACAGCUAAGUGACGUCCUGCCACCCUGCUUUGAUGCAGUGAUAAAUCUUCUUUGUCCUGUCAACUAGAUUUAGAGUCACCUAGACCACUGAGACACACCCUGGGUAUGCUGUGACAGCUUCUCUAGAGAGGAUUAGCUGUCCAAUGAAGACCCACUAUGAACAUAGUUUGAUAUAAAACCGUGAACUGGGAGCCUAGAAAGAGAGAAAGGAGAAAGCUGUCAGAGCUGGCAUCCAGCACGGUCUGAGCUGAAGAGAGCCUUCUAGGGAAACCCUCUGGAGUCCUGAGCCAAGUGAGAUAGGACUUCUUUUUCUUGGGUUGUUCCUGUCAGGUAUAUGGAGACUGCCUGCCGUGUUCGAGCACACACCUGAGUGUUGCUGCACACACCUGAGCUCUGCUGCGGGGGAAGUUCCAGUUUCUCAAGCCAGCCAGGCUGUUUUGUUGAAGCCACUCCAGCUUCCAGUGGUGUUGUUUAUCAAAUAGGACCAGAAGUCCCAAAUCCUAAGUACUGUGGGGACAGUGGUACCAGACGGUCUCCCCGGGGGAUGCUCCAGAAGGUCCUAGCUUCAGGCACAGCUGAUUUCCAAUGCUUAAGUAAUGUCAGCAGCCCCCACCCCUUCUUUUCCUCUUAUUUUCUAUCCUUGCCUGUCAUAACAACUCCCUUUAAAUUAUGGGAAAGAACCCCCACCAGUCAGCUCCCAGCAGGAGGAGACCCAGCCCUUGAGCUCCCAGCAGGAGGAGACCCAGCCCUUGAGCCCCUUGAGCAGGGUAGCCCCGAUUUGUUGUAUGUUAAGCUGAGGCCCCCUUCUUGGGCCAUGUGUAUGCCUCAAGAUAUGUCAAGGUCGGGCUGGUCAUCUCUUGAUACAAAGAGAGAUGAUAUGAGAGAAUUUAGGUGUCAAAAACAGUGAUGUCUCUAAUCCAUAAUAGUAUGUUAGGGGGUAAAAUGUUUGAGAGAUGUGAAUUUUCUCCUGUUAAAGUUGGCUGUGUCUAGUUCAAUAUUCACAUGGUAGUUCUUUUUACAUUGUUGCAACAAAAUGCCUGAGAAAAGCAUCUUGAGGGAAAGAAUUCAUUUUGUCUUGCUUGAGGGUGCAGUCCACAGGUGCGGUCUGCAGGUGCAAUCCAUCAUGGUGCAGUCCACAGGUGUGAUCCACAGGUAUAGUUCACAGGUGGGGUCCACAGGUGUGGUCCACAGGUGCAGUUCACAGGUGUAGCCCAUCAUGGUUCUGGGGGUGUGGAGCAUCUGUUCACAGUGUGUCCAGACAGGAGGCAGAGGGUGCUUAACCCCCUUUCUUCUUUUUAUUUGUUGGAGCCCCCAGUCCAAGGAAUGGUACUAUCCAUGUUUGAGGUGGAUGUUCCCUACACACAAUUAAUCCCUGCACAGUCAUACCCAAAGCUGUGUAUCCUAGGGGAGUCUAAAUUUAGUCAGACUGGCGGUGCAGAUUAACUAUCAAUGUUAGAUCAAAACAUUUCUUUUGUUAUUUGUUUGGUUUUGAGGUGGCGUUCAUAUAACCCAGGCUGGCCAGGAACUUGCUAUGUAUCUGGGGCUGGCCUUGGACUCCUUAUUCUCAUACCUCCUGCACUGUGACCAGCACUUUGCCAACCUUCUGAGGUCUGCGUGGUGGCCUACCUUGGACUGUUCAUGCUUUGUGUCUCAUACCAAGUUGACGAGAGGACGUGUGUCCAGUUUUCUAUGAAGGUGUUUUAUUUCCUGCUGAGUGCCCUCGGCCUGAUGGUCUGCACGCUGGCCGUGGCCUUCGCCGCCCACCACUAUUCCCUGCUUGCACAGUUUACCUGUGAAACCUCCCUGGAUUCUUGCCAGUGCCGGCUGCCUUCCGCGGAGCCUCUCAGCAGGGCCUUUGUUUACAGGGAUGUGACUGACUGUAGCAGCAUCACUGGUACUUUCAAAUUGUUCUUAGUCAUCCAGAUGGUUCUAAACCUGGUCUGUGGCCUGGUGUGCUUGCUGGCUUGCUUUGUGAUGUGGAAACACAGGUACCAGGUCUUUUAUGUGGGUGUUGGGCUGCGCUCCCUGAUGGCUUCUGAUGGCCAGCAACAAAAGGCCUAACAGGUUGGCUCCGUGGGAGACAAGCUCAGAAACAGCACACCCACCGGCCAGCCGAGGCGAAAACCACAAUUUUUUAAAGGCAAACUUUUGACAACAAAUACCUUUUCAUUCUCUAAAUGUGUAUUUUUAGAUUUUUUUUCCCGCAGAAAACAAAAAAAAAAAACUUAUUUUUGGAUCUCUAUUGUACUUUAAAAAACAAAACAAAACAAAACAAAAAACUUUUUGUGAGGACAGGGGUGGAGAGACACGGCUCACAAGGGAAGAGGACUCACUGCUCUUGCAAAGGACUCGAGUUCAAGUUCAGUUCCAGAGCCCAAGUUGAGUGGCUCACAGCUACCUGUAUCUCCAGUUCCAGGGACACUGGGUGCUGUGCGCAUGCGCGCGCACAUACGUAAUUUUACAAGCCAACUUAUUUUUAACGUUCUAAUGAGAAACAAGAUUCAAAUUGACUUGGUGAACACCAAAAGGAAAAGAACAACAGACAAGGGACGAAUGACCUUGAGCCGGUGCUAAGCUCUGGUGCUUAUUUAGCCCUACGGCUCUCCCAUCCCCGCCCUCCUCUGCCUUUGUGUCAGUCCAGUGCGAUGGUGUGAACUGGCAACGCAGGCCAUUCCCUAGACCCUAGAUUCUUCUAGCUCUUUCUGCCGCCUGCCAUUAUCCCCUUGGUGUCUUGAGAAAGGUCUAAGGAAAGCCGGGUCUCAGUUGAGAGGUUUUAUUUUUCACAGUGGAGAUGUCUUCAAGGUAUGAAAUGGCUUUUUUAAAAAACCUAGUAGAACAAGAAGGCUCAGUGAUUCUGAACACCUGGGCAGGGUGCAGCCUUCCGGUUGCCUUAGCUCUGAUCCAUGAGUGGGCUGCAGCCUCGAGAGGUCUGAUUCACCAUAAUUGAAAGGUGGUGCUGUUGUAUUCUUAACGACGUAGAAAGUUUAAAAAUAAUUAUAUUAUGCCUCUAGACUGUCAUCUAAAACAAAUCAUUAAGACUAAUUUCCAGCUAAUUGUUCAUUAAAAUUAUGCUCAGGAUUCUGUUUAAUGAGCUCUGGCUGUUCUUAGGCAGCACCGCUGGUGUUAGGAAAAAUUACAGCCACAAGGGAAGAUGUCUGAAGAUCUACUUUUCCUGGAAGAUAACCACCACAAAAAAAGAAAAGAAAAGAACACUCAGGUUUAAAACACUCUCAGAGAAAAAAACAAGAGCAUUUGUCAUGGGAAAUACUUCUAUUAAUAGCUCGUCUGUGAUACAUUGAGAAAAAUCUCCCCUUGACCACUAAGUACCUUUAAUGGGGAUUGGGAACUACGGGUGAGUCCUGUCAAACACAUGGACUUCCUGUGAAAUCCUAGUGAUGAUGACUUUUACAGUUGACCUAGAGACAGAAUGCCUCGAAGUCCUUGUUUGGGUGAUAUGUCCACAGUUAGGGCAUUUAGGUUCAGUUUAGACUUAAGUCACAGUACUGGUUAAGACAGGCUUUGCUAUGUAAUUGGUACUACCCAGGGCAGACAUGCAUCUGUGGGUCUCAGCGAGUCCCAGGUCCCAGCUCAGCCAGGCUUGCCCCCACUCUGCCUAUCCAUAUACUUUCCUGUCACAAAAUUCCCCCCUAGAGAACACAUACCCUUUUGCCUUUGAGGACUUUAUAUGAUGCUGAUAAUGGAAUCAGUCCUUCAUGAUCCACACACCCUACCUGAAGGAAAGGGAUCACCACUGACUCUUAUUCCUGAUUAACAGAUGCUUAAACUUUUUGCAUUCUGACUUGCUUCCCGAUCACUCGAUCACUCGAUCACUCGGGUCAAGGCAGCCCAUCAGAGAGGAUGGUGAGUAAAAUUCCAUCAGAGGAACAGGGGUGGGGCGGGGGUGGGGCAGGGGGCUGGUACAUAUCUUUAAUCCCAGCACUUGGAAGGUAGAAGGAGAUGGAUUUCUGUGAGUUCAGAGCCAGCCUGGUCUACAAAGAAAGUUUCUAGGACAGCCAGAGCAGACAGAGAAACCUUGUCUUGAAAAAAACCAAAACCAACCAAACAAAAACAAGGGAAAAAAAAAAAAAAAAAGGACUGAUCUCAGACAAAAUUGCAUGAACACAGCACGAAGUUUCCUGAUACCAACCUGGGAUACCUUUAGUGUUUGUUAAGAAUAACCAGCUCUGGGCUCUGAAGAUAGUUCAGUAACCUAAGUCCUUGCCAUUCCAGUAAGAACUUGAUCCCUUAUAGAAAGGCCAGGCAUAGUGGCGUGGAGGAAGAGAAGGCCACAUCCCUGGGGCUUCCUCAACAGCCAUCUCUUUUUUUUUUUUUUUUGGUUCUUUUUUUCGGAGAUGGGGGGACCGAACUCAGGGCCUUGCGCUUCCUAGGUAAGCGCUCUACCACUGAGCUAAAUCCCCAGCCCCAACAGCCAUCUUUAAUUUAGCAUUUGAAUUCUGGGUCCAUGAUGAGAGAGUUUGUCUCAAGGGAAAACAAACAAACUGAAAAUAACCCAGAGUGGAUAGCUGACCUCUGGCCUCACACAGUUAAGAGGAACCAAAUUCACAUUGACCUGGGAUAGUGUCUAUAGAAGCAGGAAUGUGGUAGAGGAUCCAGGAUGUCACGGGCUGUCCUUUCAAAGUGAAGCUAUCCUCCAGUCCGUUUCUGUGCACCCAGCCCGGCUGAAAGCACACACAGAAUGCCUUUGUCCAACAAACUCAGCAGGGUUUUGUUUUUGUUUUCUCAAUGAGAAAAUGAAGAUUCCCCGCCCAGUUAAGUUGCGCUAUGAUUUGCAAACGACUCACGGGGUGGUGGGGGUGGGUGGGCAUUUUAAAGGGUAGAAUAAUUUUAGCCUGCGGGUUCCUACUUUCUAACACAACCAAGAGUUGGGGUGGUUUCAGCUCAUGAUACGACGUCUGCGCAGAAUGGGGGAUUUUACUGUUAUGAUCAGAUAUCCUUAACUCCCCAGAGAGGGGAAACGUUGUAAGUGAAGAGAAGGAGCAGAGCCCGAUGAUGGGGCCCUUCGCUGGAAGCUUGCUAUAUGCUGGGAUGUGUAAGGAUUGGGUUGCAUGAAAAACAAAUGGCUUUGGGCUGGAUUUGGAGUAUUUUGACGUUAUGUUUUGCAAAUAUUGAAGCUUCAGUAAGGGCAACAGAGAAGGAGCAGGCACACAGCUUCUCACUUAGCAAAAUGUUACACUUCAAAUCUGUCGCAGAGCCAGGACGGUGACUGUGCCUUCCAAACUGUAGAGCAGUGAGCUUUGAGCAGCUCCCCCCUCCCCCAGCCUCCUUCAGGAGGAUUAAAUGAAUCAAGACUUUUCCAAGAGGAGAAAUGGCCAGGGCUUGGGAUAGGAAUACGGCCACCUGGGUUUACAGACUGUAACUGAGCCCACUCAACGGGUCUGCGCCUUUACGGUGACUGCCAUCUGUGGCUCCAAACUCCAUCCAAAUUGGUGUAGGCAGCACCUUGGAGCCGUGCCUAAACCGUAGCUACUCAAAAGCCCUAGAAACUGUAGUCAAGUAACAGGCAUCACAUGCCCCUAUUUGGAUGCAGAACUUAGAUAUUCUCUUUCGACCGCCUUCCAAUGUGUUCCUACAGUGGAAUUCCAUUCUAUAUUACUUUUAUCCAUGUCCAAGACCUGAGGAUCUCCUGAUACUUCUUCACUCAUGUCUCUGUGCAUUAUAUCUGGGGCAUAUUUAUGAAACUGCCUUGAUAAAAGCGACCCAAGGGGUGUCAGGAGGGGCAACUCUGAAGGGGCUACUUAAAGACGAUCAGAAAUGAACUUGAAAGCUGUCCAUCACUUGCAAACAUGAACUGUGUCUUGAUAUUUCCUGAUGACUGUCUCUGAACUAUUACCGUGUGAUCACCUCUGUAUAAAUAUGCCACUGGAUUUUACUCUUGUUAACCCAGAAUGUGCUUUAGCUGUGUAGUGUAAGUUCAGCCUAUCUGACGGCCAACUGCUUAGUGUUGAAGUCACUGAAAAGAACUCACGUCUUCUAAUUUUCUUGUCUCAAGUGAGCACUGCCUCUUUCAGAGCCAUGGGUCUGCAUUACGGGGCUGUAAUCUCCUUUCCUGGCCUUGAUCAAAUCAAGAGUAGAAGAUGGAGUGUUUCUAUACACUUGAGGUGGUUAUUUUUAAAGGGUGUGUGUUUCCUUUCUUAAUAAACUUUUCAUAAUCCACAAAGACAUGGUGUUGAAUACGUUUUAUAUUGACCAGGUGGUGUGUGUGAACUUGUAUAUGUAAACUCUCUCUGGUUAGUGUUUGCUUCAGAAACACGGCUUGGAAACCUCAGAUCAUUAUGUUAAGUGAAAUAAAGCCAGGUUCAGUAAAA